AUGGUGUGGAUUGGAAAGGAAGGUGACAUGAACACAGUGGAUUGGGGAUGGAAACUGGUGGACAACCGGUUCCUGCCAGUUAUGACCAUGUCUGAGCUGAGGGUUGUUCUGCUGGGGAACAGCUGGUCUCUGAGGAGUUCAGUGGGGAACUUCAUACUGGGAGAGACUAAGUUCAACACUGAGGAUGAACCAGAUCGCUGUCUGACAGUCAGAGGACGGUUGGAGGAGAAAGAAAUAAUUCUCAUCAACACCCCACAUCUGUUGCAUCCCAACAUCUCUAAAGACAAACUGACAGAACAUGUGACAAACUGGUUCAAGCGAAGCACAUCACACAGUUCAUCACCAGUUGAAAGCACAAUCAAACAGGAAUCUACACUCAGAAUUGUGCUGUUUGGGAAGAGUGAGGAUGAUAAGACCAAACUUGGUAACUUUAUGUUAGGGGGUGAAAAAUUUCAAUUCCAAAGCCAGUCUCAGAUCAAGCAUUGUGUGUCUGCCUAUGGAGAGUGGAGAGGAAAACCAUUAACAGUAGUGAAAGCUCCAGACAUGUUCAGUCUAUCUGAUGAGACAGUGAGAGAAGAGAUGAGGAGGUGCAUCAGUCUUUGUCCUCCUGGACCAAAUGUUCUGUUGCUGUUAGUGAAGGUUUCUGAUUUCACAGAGAAGAACCGACAAACACUGAAGUUCAUCCUGAGUUUGUUUCAAGAUGCUUUUAAACACUCAAUGGUCAUCAGCACACAUGAGGAGAAUGAAACACGUAAGUCUGUCAGUAAGCUCCUUAAAAACUGUGGAGGAAGACACUACAAGAUGGUUAAAAAUGACCUCACAUUGUUAAUGGGUGACAUUGAGAACAUUGUGCAUGAAAACAGAGGAACCUUCCUCACCUUCACUGAAGAGACCAUCAGACCAAAGUCUGAACACAUCAAACCAGCUUUAAACCUGGUUCUGUGUGGGAGGAGAGGAGCAGAGAAGACUUCAGUAGCCAAGGCCAUUUUAGGUCAGACAGAGUUUCAUUCAGUCUCCGUCUCAUCAGAGUGUGUUAAACAUCAGGGAGAGGUGUGUGGACGUUGGGUUUCCCUGGUGGAGCUGCCUGCCUUGUAUGGAAAACCUCAGGAGGCAGUGAUGGAGGAAUCACUCAGGUGUAUCUCCCUCUGUGAUCCUGAGGGCGUCCAUGUCUUCAUCCUGGUCCUACCUGUGGUUCCCCUCACUGAUGAAGACAAGAGAGAGUUAGAGACCAUCCAGAACACAUUCAGCUCUCGAGUCGAUGACUUCACCAUGAUUCUGUUCACUGUGGAGUCAGAUCCUGCAGCUCCAGCUGUUGUUAACUUUCUAAAGAAAAACAAGGACAUCCAGGAGCUCCGUCAGAGCUGUGGAGGAAGAGAUGUUGUUCUCAACAUCAAGGACAAGCAGCAGAUCCCAGAGCUGCUGGACAUGGUGGACAAAAAUAUCCAGUCUAAAGUUAAACCAUCCUGUUAUACAACUGUAACAUUUGCAUGUGCACAAAUGGAAAAACUCAUACAACGAGAGAAAUAUAUCAACAGGCAACAAGUUGAACUUGAGAGGCUGAUGAAGAAGAACAAGAUCACUUGUGAUGAUGAGGAGCAGAGCCCAGAGAGUCUCAGGAUUGUGCUGAUAGGGAAGACUGGAAGUGGAAAGAGCUCUACAGGAAACACCAUUCUAGGAAGAAAAGAGUUUAAAGCUGAAUCAAGUCAAAAAUCAGUCACCAAACGUUGUCAAAAAGCACAGAGUGAAGUGGACGGUCGUCCCCUCGUUGUUGUCGACACCCUUGGUCUUUUUGACACAACUUUGUCCCGUGAAGAGGUUUAUGAGGAGAUGGUGAAAUGCAUCAGUCUUCUGGCUCCAGGACCACAUGUCUUCCUGUUGGUGUUACACAUUGGCAGAUUUACACCAGAGGAGAAGGAGACAUUAAAACUCAUCAAGGAAGGCUUUGGGAAGAAUGCUGAAAAGUUCACCAUCAUUCUUUUAACUGGAGGAGAUAAACUAAAGCAUGAGAAAGUUUCCAUUGAAGAAUACAUUGAAAAUAAAUGUGAUGAUUCCUUUAAGAAGCUGAUCUCUGACUGUGGAGGAAGAUACCAUGUGUUUGAUAACUGUGAUGAAAAAAAACGCACACAAGUCAAUGAGCUGAUAACCAAGAUUGACACCAUGGUGAAGGAAAAUGGAGGCAGCUGCUACACCAAUGAGAUGCUGCAAGAGGCCGAGGCAGCUAUAAAGAAAGAAAUGGAGAGAAUCCUGAAGGAGAAGGAAGAAGAGAUGAAGAGAGAGAGGGAGGAGCUUGUAAAAAAAUACGAGAGAAAUAUGCAGGCGAUGAAAAUAAGAGUGGAAGAACAGAGAGAAGAAAUUGAAAAGGAGAGAAAACUGAGAGAAAAACAACUUGAAGAAAAAGAGGAAAACAUAAAUAAGGAACGUGAGAAGAGAAAGAGAGAACAAGAAAAGAGAGAAGAAGAAGACAGGAAGAGAAAACAACAGGAAGAAAUUCAACGACAGGAGUGGGAACGAGAGGUUGAAGCUUUGGAGAAAAAAAUAAGAUCAGAGUCAGAAACAAAGGAAACCAUUGACAGAAAGCUGAAGGAGAGCAGAGAAGAGAUGAGAAAAAAACAAGAGAACUGGGAGAAAACACAAAAUGAAUGGUGGGACCAACGAUAUCAAGAAGACGAACAGAGAAAACAGGAGGAACAAAGAAGACUUAGAAAGCUUCAAGAAGAAUAUGAACAGGAAAGAAAAAAUGAUGAAAACAAAAGAAAGGACGAGGACAGAAUCAGAAGAGAACAAGAAGAAAAAGAGAGAAAAGACAUUGAGGAGAAACAUAAGAAAGAAAUGGACAAUCAGAAGAAGACGUAUGAAGAGGAGGCUAGAGAGAAGGCUGAAGAAUUUAAUGAAUUCAAAGAGAAAUACAGAAAGGAGUUUACAGCUCAGAAGCAAGAAUUUGACAAAGAAAUUACAAAAAAAGAUGAACAAUAUGACAUCUUAAAGGCACUUUCAUCUCACAAAGAAGAAGAACUAAAGAAAAAAGUAGAAGAACUAAAGAAAAAAGAAGAAGAA